AUGGACGCUUCAGAUACCAACGACAUUAGCCUUUCUCUCAUAAAAGCUUCGCCUCGCAAGUUUCGUUACUCUGGCAAUUUUUUCCGAAAAAUGAUAUUUCAGAUUAGCUUUGCUGUUUUGCUUCUCGCCCAUCUCAUUAGUUCACGGCCAUCUAUUGAGAAAAGUCGCGUUUCCCUGUCAGCGGGACAAGCAAACAUACCGGUGGAUUCUGCCUUUUUAAAUCGGAUGAUGCAAGAGCUUAGCAACUACUACCACACCUUUGGAAGACCACGGUAGGAUACUUACACAAUUAAAAUACACUUGAAACCGAGUUACCUCGAAAACUUCCUAUAAACUUCGUUUCGCCCAGGAUUGACUAUUUAUUUGAAAUUCGAUGCAAACGUUAAUUAAUGAUAAAACCUUCCUAUAGAUGCUCGUGAAAGCUGAAGUAUUGCACAGGCUUCUAUAGUAUAUGAGUUGAAUGAGCCUACUCGAACACGAUGUGGGAUACCUUUGUUCAUAUUUUGUUAUUUAUUAAUUCUGUUGUCUGACAUUUUCGUCGAUAAUUGAAGAUCAGCAGGAAAUUUCCUACGUUACGCGAGUCCGUUCAUAUUUAAAUAUUACGCAGCCUGUUCAAACAUUCUACUCCCAUCUAAGUUAUUGAUUUCUCGGUGACUUCAGGAAUAAAACGCAGGGUGCGUAGCUCCGAUCUUUGAUACUGUCAUGCCUAAGUCAUUUUUGAUAGGUAGUGGACAAACGUAUAAUCUUUAUGUCUGGUAGUUUAAAGUAUUUCCCUGAACCAUCCAGGUAAAGUAUAAGGUUAAAUUGUCACAUGGAGAGAGGCGUGUGCUUAUACCAUUCACACUGACGUAACUGCGUGAUCAAAGCUAUUCCAAAAUAAUCUUUUCUCAUAUAAGAUCGCUCAAGUUCUUUCAAAAAUAAGUCAAUUUCGCCUGCCUGUACAAAGAUUACAAAAAGAGACUCUUGACGAUGUUUACCAAACACAUUUAGGUCGUUUGACUAGCAUUUACGGUACCGUACUUGGUCAGAUGUGGUUAUGUAGCCCCACCUGAAGUAAACCAACCCCAGCCACCUGUAAUCCUGGACCGGUGGUAAUAGGGGGGUUUACAGGUGGGACCGGGGAACGCACAGGCGACGAGGUCAAGUUGUUGUAUGCAAAAGAAAAGCUAUGGGGAGUGCGCGCUUGUACUUUAAGUGGUUGAGAAAUAGUUUCCCUAAUCCAUAACUCUAACCUCUAACCCUAACCCUUAAUCCCAACCUGAAAAGUAGUGUGUGUAUCAGGUUGGGCUACAUAACCACAUCUUGCCCUUUCUGCUUUAAGAAAAGCAUCGGCGGUUUGAGUAAAGUUGGCUCAGAAAAUUCGAGUUGUGUGCUAUCGCUAAUUAAAACGUUGAAAUGUGCUGGUUUUAGAUUAAGUAUCAUUCCGGCAGGCUUUGCAUACUACACUCAAAAAGGUUCAUCUAUUUACCAGUUAAAGAAAUAAGUCUCGGUGAAUGUGAGUCUUCGAUUACUCAUCCAUGGACCUGUACAAUAAUACUAGUUUAUGUAAAGCAGAUAAUGUUAAAACAGCCUAUGAAAAGUAGUCAUGGGGGAAGGGUUGUGGGCGUUCUGACAUGUCGGUUUUAUUAGGGGCUUGGGCAGAGGGGUGAAAGGGGGAAGGAGUCUGAUGGUGAACUAUGCUCAAGUCUAGUCGUUGUAAUGCGACGCGGUAAGAUGUAGUAACGAACAUGCUGAGUUUAUCUUUGGCCCAAGGUAGUUUGGGUCUGUAUAAACGUCUGCGAGCACAAGGCUGGGUUGGCUAACCGUAUGGCCACUGCCUCUGACAUCGCAAUUAUCCGCCGGGGAAGGAACUGGGAGUACUUUCCUGGCACAUUAUAGAUGACUCGGGAUGUUUGGCUGAUGUCUGCCCGAUGGCUCCUGUCAACUAACUGAGCCCAAAUCACGCUAAAGAUGGACUUUUUCACACCUCGAAUUGACCAGUUAGGGUGGUGUUCACUCAUCCGCUUGGAGAGGCGACUAGGUGAUUGACCAGCAUAACCUGCCCUGCAGGAGCAAGUGAAGGCGUAGAUACAUAGUGAAAAAGCCUAUUAGGGAAGCUUAUCACUAUCUUCGAGGAGAAGAAGCAGAGUGCUUGAAAACAAGAGUCUUAAUGGUUGCAUACGUAAGCGCAGUAGCAGAGUCCAAGCAGUGUUGUAGAAGUUUACUUGUCAGGUUUCCUCUAAAAGAAAGUAUGAGAAAUACUUCCUCCUUCUCAGUCAUUGGUAUGUCCGUUUCUACAGGACGUUCUUCCAUACAUUUCAGAACAAACAUAUCCAGAAAGCCCUUUUCACGUAGUGUUUGGUAUAAAGGCGGGUUCGGCCUCAGGCAUAUCCGGAAUGCACAUUCUCCAUGGCUCACUUAGUUAGACAGUGGACUAAGCCUUGUUUUUUGACUGAGAGCGGCAAACUGUAUAACUUGGUCUAUCACCUUAUCCAUGUUUUCUUACGAAAUACACUCCUGCAAAAUUGUUCCAUCAGGCUUAAUACUAAGUUGGACGCCCGGAAAGGGGAGACCCUCUCCCUUCUCUUUUUCCAAAGUGAAUGUUAUCGCUGAGUAUUCGCUAACUGCCGUAAUUCGGAUGCACUACAUAGAAAAUGUAGAUUAAGCUCUCUCUUAAACAGGUUUUGCAGGAAACUUGUUCCCUUUUAUAUUUUUGUUUCGAAUGAUGGGUGUCCCUCAGUCUUAAGAAAGUUUAAAGUGAUGGAACUUUUAAACUCCGGCUUAACUGGAUUUGUAGUCUAGUACCCAUAGGUGUAUUAAAACUGCUUGCAAAAUAUGCAAGAGGGGUUUUGCACAAAGCCGCAAGGAUAGCAAAUAUUCGCUUUAGCUGAUUUAUUAAUAUACGGUUUAGUAAUUCAAAGACGCAUGAAAGCGUUAGUUUCUAUGGAAAAUGUGGAACCUCUUAGCUCUACUUAUACCUAUAAUAUGCUCAUUUUUGUGUAAAAUAUUCAAAGAAUAGGUCGCUUUCCAGAGAAUGACAAAAGGAAGAUUUCUUAUUUCGGAUUUCUUGGGUGUGUGAUCAAAUCAAAAAAAAAUCAAACAAAUGAAGUCAUCCCCACCAACGAACUAACGAUUUAUUUGGGAAUGGGAUUUUUGGAGGUAACAUAAAUAACCUCCACGUCGGGGGGCUAACAUCCUGUCGUGUGUAAAUAAACUUGACAAUAAGCUCUUGCAAACGACUGGGGAAAAUUCUUUUAAUUAACAUUUCCUCCUUGCAAGCACAUUUGGUAACGAUCGGAUGUAGAGCACCACUGAUAAAGCGGGAAGCAAUGACCCCUGUAAUACGAGAACGGGGAUAAUGGUUUUAUGGGUGAGACAAAAGAAACGGAAAAAUAGAAGUUUUCCGGGAGCAAAAGUAAGAAAUUUGCACCUAAGCCACUACUUUGUUUAGAUACACCAAGAAAGCAUAAAAACCUGAGCACGCAAUUUUAAAUCCUGGAAGCUAGAAGGUGUAAACGAACAAAUGGGUUAGAUAUUCCAAGCGAACUGGUCCCGCCCCGUGAUGAGCAAUCACACGGAAGAUGAAGGUAAUAAUAAUAAUAACAAUAAUUUUUUAUUAAAGACCCGUCGGGGUCCCAUAAAAGUGCAAAGAAUACAUAGUUCAAUCCGACUCUUGAAACGGACGCGAAUGAAGAUAUAAUUUUAUUUGACAACGUUGAUAGCCUAACCCUAAAUCUAUGUAUAAAGCCAACCCUAGCCACGGCCGCUCAACCUAACUCCAACCCUGAGCAUAACCUAUGAUCCCAACGAUAACUCCUUACCCUAGUUUUAACCAUAACCUAUAGCCUCAACCCUAACUUCGACUCGAAUCCUGACCUAUAACCUCCUAUACCCAUACUCAACUCUAAACAGAACGUUAGGCCUAUUAGUACCACGAGGGAGGCAUGAUGUGGAAUGAUCAAAAGGGCAAGGAGUUAAAGUAAGCAUACCCAGAAAACAUAAAUAGAUUUUUCCUAAAAGUAAAGACUAGUUUUCCGCCGCAUGUUUAAUAAUAUCGGCCCAGCUUUACUAAUUGCUAGUGUGUAAUAUGUACUUUCUCAAUCUUGAGAGUUUAGGUCCACGUUUGUUUGUAUUCCAUAAGGAAGACAAGUUAAGCUACACCACAUUAUCGCCACUUUCCGGAAAGUACUCCUAUACAAAGAAUAUGCCUAAGUAAAUACUUAGAGCUAUGCUAAAUAAAAUUCACUAAAAAUGCUAUGCUCCAAUUAAACCAGAGACAACAGGUCGUGAUGAAUGUGACUAAAAGUAUAGAAGUAUCCAUUUAAUAUUGACAUUUGCAAAGAAAUUAUAAAGCAACUAGGAAAUUAAGUAGCUCAGCAAGGUCCGACAUGAGACUAUUUAAGAAUAAUAGAACUAAACCAGUAAUCUUGCUUAUUCAAAAAUAACUGAGUUAACCAAAUUUCUUCAGACGUUUGAUGUAUGUAUAGGUCCAAGGGACAGAAGGACGCUCGGACGUCCACCGUGAACCCCACGGUGUUGCCUCAACAGAUGACCUUCGUGUGAAUUAUCUCAUAGUGUGGCACACUUACGCUGUAUCCACUGCACCCCCAAUUACCUUGUUCUGACACAAAAAAACGUCAAGACGACUGGAGGUGGACUCUGACCGCUGACUGACGAAGUUAGACAGUCCGCUUAUGCGUGCUACACAUUGCCUGGUCCCCACAACAUGUACUGGGCUUUCACAAGAGUGGUGCAGAUCCCACGAUUGAGAGUGAUAUAGAAACCAGUUUAAGGAGUCACCGCAGCCUGGUGUGCAUGUGUAUACACAUGCAUGUUGAGGCAAAAUCGAGACUCCUAGGUUCUUGUUGCAAAGAAAAUAAACACGCUAUCGCUGCCGCCUUGUGCCUGGUUAUGCUUGCCACAGCUUCGUGUAUACCAUAUUAUCCGAAGUCUAUCUUAGAAUAAAAAAUGUUUACUAGAUAUUUUUUUACUGUAAAGUAUGCUGACGGAGAAGUGAAUUUUACAACAAAAGUCAUAAGUUUUUCACAGGAUAAUUAUGCCAGUAGAAUUACAAAAUAACGGAUAUGGCCAAUCGACUGACUUAUGGACAUAGAGCCCGCUCAAAAACAAUAUUUUUAUCUAAUCUCUAUGUUAGUUCAUUUGCUUAAGCUUAAUGCCUCCCGAAUAUAAGAAUGGCUUGUAUUGGCCUGUGUGCUAUUAACGUUUGUAUAAAUCCAUAACCAUAGACACAAAAGAAUCACAAUACUGGCUUCAUUGAGAUUACUAUUUUGUUCUCUUGUUAUGAUUACAAUUAUAAAAAGUAAAAAACACGGGGCCUUGUGGUAAUUGCUGGUUGUUCUGGAAACACAAAGCACACAUUUAUAUUCUCCGAUGUAGUCAACAAUAUGGGGUUUAACGUUCUGAGAUUGAGGUUUCAUUUCGUCCUUCACUAAAAUGACGGAUGACAAAAUCGCGCAAAUGAAAAAACGUGUUUCUUUUAAUCAGCAAUGGCCCCUAUUUUAUUGUCUCUUUAAUAUAUGAAUAGUUUUGAUAAAACGCGUGUUCAUUAUCUUAUUUUAAGAAAUUAGUUUAAAUUUGUUUUAAUCACAUUCGACCAUUUAGGUUCGGAAAAAGAAACGUAAAGGAAGCUGACUCGCACCUUAGUCUACGUCCCAUUUGGAUGGAUCGAUUGUGGCAACGUAAGACAAAACUCGAUUGGGAUGGACAAGAGGUCGUUGUCACAGACCUGCAUAAGGACAGGACACCAGAUAUGGUCCAUGUUUCUGCAUAG